AUGGGUAACCUCUUCUCCAGACACAAGUAUAGAUCCGAAAAGAGCCGGUCCUCCUCCCAGAGCGAGAAGCUCAAUCCUUACCUGUUCCAGCACCGACCACCAAAUUCGAAGUCAACUUGCUAUCCUCAUCCACCAGGCCCCAAUCACCGCGCGUAUCACCAUCAUCAAAGCAAAAUUGACCCCCGCAAUGAGCUCUACCAGCUGCCGCAAUCCGCAUCUCGCAGGGUGACCAACAACUUGAACCCCAGCAGCCGCCCAGUAACCGCGGUCUCCCUCGCUUCUUCAAGCACCCUCAGACCCAGCAGUAGCAACGGCAGCUACCCGCAGAGAGGCAAAAAGGCGACCCCCUCCUCCUCCAAAGCCUCCAAGGCCAGAGUCGCCCCCGAAUCAAAAUACCUACUCGAAGUCCACUGCACAGACUGCGACAGCCGCCCUCUCCGCUGCGCUAACCCGGGCUGCAAAGGCUGCAAGGACUGCCGCGUCUCCUGCGCCUCCGCAGAGAAUCUCAACGAGCAGUCCAAUUCCGCCUAUAAUUUCAGGAACCCAAGCUACGACCGCGACGUCAAGCUGUGGAAGCUGCACGUCGACUUUUGCAGCUUGAAAGCGAAUUUUGCGGACCGCGGUGAUGGGACUCGGGAGAGGGACGUGACGUGGGCUGUUCUGACAGAGUUUGUUGGCGCCCAAGAAUACGGGGCUGCGGAGGGGAAGGCGAAGUUAUUUGGUUUUUCGGAGCUGGUCCGUCUGGAGGCAAGAUUGCGAUCAGAAAUCGAAGAGUUAGGACCUAACAAUACGGUGGGUGGUAAGCGGUAA